AUGGGUGAACAAGUCGAACAGGAAAAAACUCAGGAGGAAGCUAAACCAGAGGAAAAGAAAGAAGAGAAAAUGGAGGAGACAAAAGAAGAACCUAAGCCACCCUCCCCUUUGGUUUUGUUUGUGGACUUGCAUUGUGUGGGUUGUGCAAAGAAGAUAGAGAGGUCCAUUCUCAAGAUUAGUGGAGUAGAGGGAGUUGUGCUUGACAUGGUGAAAAAUCAAAUAACUGUGAAGGGAGUUGUGGAGGCUCAAGCUGUAUGCAACAAAAUCUCGAAGAAAACAAAGAGAAGCGUCAAAGUUUUAUCGCCAUUGCCAGUAUCUGAGGGCGAAGCUAUAUCGGAAGUUGUUGCCUCACAGGCUAGCGAAUUAACUACAGUGGAGCUGAAUGUGAACAUGCAUUGCUUGGCUUGUGCCCAGCAGCUUAAGAGAAAGUUACUCAAAUUGAAAGGAGUGCAAAUAGCCGAGACAGAAUUUAGUUCUGGGAAAAUUAAGGUUACAGGUACUAUGGAUGCAAACGAGCUCGUUGAUUAUGUCUACAAAAGCACAAAAAAGCAAGCCAAAAUAGUACCACAGCCCGAAACCGAAGAACCAAAGCCCAAGGAGAAUAAAAACGAAGAAAAGCCAGAUGAAGAAGCCAAACAAGAGGAAAAAAAGGAAGAAAAAGGAGAGGAAAAGGGUGGGGAAAACAUAGAGGAGGAGUCCACUAAAGGAGAGAUGAAUUUUAGUGAUGAACAGGCCAUGCAUAAACUCAUGCAUUACUAUCAACCUUUGUAUAUGAUUGAAAAAACCCCCCCUCCGCAGCUUUUUUCAGAUGAGAAUCCUAAUGCUUGUUGCAUUAUAUAG